AUGACAAACUCAGAAUUACCAUCUGUCUUCCACGCCGCUGUAGACUUAGGUAUUAUCGGUGGAACCGGUUUAUACAAAUUAGACUGUCUAGAACCGAUCGCAGUCCUACCACCAAUUGAAACUCCAUGGGGUUUCACAUCUUCUCCUAUCACCAUUUCCAAAUUUAUUGGUAACGGAAACCAUUUCUACGUCGCAUUCAUCGCUAGACAUGGUGUCAAUCACGAAUAUCCUCCUACAAGAGUACCAUUUAGAGCAAAUAUGGCCGCUUUAAAGAAUUUGAAAUGUAAAGCCGUUCUUUCUUUCAGUGCUGUAGGUUCCUUAAGAGAAGAAAUCAAACCAAGAGAUUUCGUAUUACCACAACAAAUUAUUGAUAGAACUAAAGGUAUCAGGGAAUCUUCUUAUUUCAACGAUAUUGGUCUAGUUGGUCACGUCGGUUUUGGUAAUCCAUUUUCUGAAAAUUUUGCUAGAUAUAUAUAUCAAUUCAAAGAUUGUCUAAUCAAUGAAACUACCAACGAGCCAUGCGACUUACAUUUCACUAAAGAUACUACUGUCAUCUGUAUGGAAGGCCCGCAAUUUUCAACGCGUGCCGAAUCCAAAAUGUAUAGAUUACUUGGUGGUGACGUUAUAAACAUGAGUGUCAUCCCAGAAGCUAAAUUGGCUCGUGAAUGUGAAUUACCAUAUCAAAUGGUUUGUAUGUCCACGGAUUAUGAUGCGUGGAGAGAUAAUGAAGAACCUGUCACAGUAGAAACCGUUAUCGGUAAUCUAUCAAGUAAUGCUCAAAAUGCUAAUAGAUUGGCUUCCAUGAUCAUUGAGAAUAUGGCAAAUGAAUUGCCAGAAUUCAUGCAAAAUGGCGAUGGUUUACAUGAAGCCAUGAAAAUGUCCAUCUCUACUAAACCAGAAGCCAUGUCAAAGGAAACUUUGAACAAGUUAAGAUUUCUGUUCCCAGAUCACUGGUAA